AUGGCAAAAACAGAGCUUGGGUUCAAGCCUUACCAGUUCCAAAAAGUUCAACUUCUCACUGAAGAAAAUAUACUCGUGCAGCUCCAAAGAUGCCGAACACUUUUGAGACGGGUCACAACUUUAGAACAAGCAAUUCAAGAUAAUCCAUAUUUGCAAAAAGUAAUUCAAGACUUCAGAACGAAGAUUAUUGAUGCUUUGAAAACUAACCAAGUUUUGAUCAAUGCCUAUCUGAAUGAUAUAAGAGAUUUAUGGAAGACAACAGUUGAAAGCAUCGGUGAUCUAGGAAAAGAUAUAGGACUUGACUUAGAUUUAGGAGCAGAUAGUGAUAACGAUGAAUGUGUCUGUCAGACCGAUGCACAGAAUGGAUCUAAUAAUGGAAAGGAUAUGAGUAGCGGCAUGGGAGGAGGUAGAAUUAACUGGAGGGGAGGUCCAACUGGUGGAUCAGGCAGUCCAGCCAGUGGAUCAGGCAGUCUAAUUAGUGGAACAAGAACUCCAACCAAGGGAUCAGGAGGUGCAGUUGGUGGAUCAGGAGGUUCAAUGGAUGAAUCCCGAAGGCCAUUUGCGAGAGGAGGAGGUAUGAAUGGCAACAUAGAAGGAUUAAGCAAUGGAAUGGGAGAUACACCCAUUGAAAACGGCCGUUUGAGGAUCGGAUUGGGUGGUAUUAAAGGCGGAAUUCCAGGUCUCGAAAUUGGAAUAAAAGGCCUGAACAAUGGUAUGGAAGUUGUGCCAAAUCGAGAAGGAGGUUGGAGACUUGGACUGAAAGAUGUACCUAACGGAAAGAGCGGUUUGAGACUUGGAAUAAGAGGUAUCAACGGAGAAAUUCCCGGCCUCGAAAUUGGUAUGCAAGGCCCAAAGAAUGGAAUAGAAGUUAUACCAGGUGGACCAGGAGGUUGGAGACUUGGAAUGAAAGAUAUCCCUGUUGAAGAAGGCAAUUUGAGGCUUGGAUUGAGAGGUAUCGAUGGAAACAUUCCAGGUCUAGAAAUUGGACUACAAGAAAUACCCGUCCGAAGAGGAGGUAUAAAUGGGGGAAUUCCAGGUCUUGAAAUUGGAAUGCAAGGUAAUGGCGGUGGAAUGAAAGGUAUAAAUGGCGAAAUUCCAGGUCUUGAAAUUGGAAUGCAAGGUCAUGGAGGUAUAAUGGGAGCUAUACCCGUUCGAUCAGGAGGUCUCGAAAUUGGAAUGCGAGGUAAUCGCAAUGGAAUGGGAGGUAUCAAUGGUGUAAUUCCAGGUUUUGAAAUUGGAAUGCGAGGUAAUGGUGGUAGAAUUGGAGAUAUACCUGUCCCAUCAGGAGGUCUUGAAUUUGGAAUGCAAGCUUCACCCGUCCAAACAGGAGGUAUCAAUGGCGAAAUUCCAGGUCUUGAAAUUGGAAUGCAAGGUAAUGGCGGUGGAAUGGGAGCAAUGCCUGUUCCUUCAGGAGGUGUAAGAGGAGGAAUAGAAGGCUUAGGAAGGGGAAUAGACGGUCUUGGAUUAUGGGAUUUGGAUGGUGAAGUUGGUGAUAUCUACGAUGACAUGGAAGAUGACACUGGUAAAAUAGGAGGCCUUGGCAUUAGAGAUGGACUCGGUCUUGUUGGGAAUGGCAGUUUAGUAGGAGGUGUUCUAGGUGGAAUGAAAAGUAAUGGCAGUUUAUUAGUUCCCGGUGCUCUUGGUGUAUUGAAAAAUAAUGGCAGUUUAGUGAGAGACACCCUUGGUGCAUUGGGAGGUCUGAGAAGCGGAAAUGCAAGUCUGAUUGGUGGAAUUAGAGGUUUAACUGGUGGUAAUGGAGGUUUGAUCAGAGGAAAUGGAAGUCUAACAGGUGGAAAUGGAGGUAUUAUCAAGGGAAAUGGCGGUAUUAUUGAUGGAAAUGGAGGUAUCAGGGGUGGAAAUGGAGGUAUAAUUGGGGGAAAUGGAGGUAUGAUUGGCGCAAAUGGAGGUAUCAUUAAUGGAAAUGGAGGUGAGUGA